GUUUUGCCGUAACACCGGCGUCUGACUGGCAUUAGCUGAAGCUACGUGUCUGUGGAUGACGUCGAUAACGGACGUCACAUGACGUCACAUGACGUCAGUCUUUAAGUGGACUCGGUGAAUUACCGUAAAAAUCACGAGACCGGCGGAAGUCAACUGACGGUGCGACUGCAAAUCACCGACAGGCGCAAAGGCCUGUGGGUAAAAACCGCGAGUUCGUAAGUCGGUGCUUUUCGUUAUUUCCGGUGAAGCUGACACACGUGACCUCUCUGCCGUUACCGGAGCUUCAGACCGUCCGGACCGCGCGCGCCGAGGCGGGCCGCCAUGACGCUCGCGCCGAAGGAGCUGUCGAACCUGCUGAGCAUCAUCUCGGAGGAGGCCUGCACCAACUCCUUCGAGAGCCUGUCCACGCACUUCCACCACUACUUCGGCAAGGCGGAGCACUUCCGGGUGGGUUCGGUUCUGGUGAUGCUGCUGCAGCAGCCGGACCUGCUGCCCAGCUCCCCGCAGCGGCUCACCGCGCUCUACCUGCUGUGGGAGAUGUACCGGACCGAGCCGCUGGCCGCCAACCCGUUCGCAGCCGUGUUCGCUCACCUGCUGAACCCCUCACCUGCCGGGGAGGAGCCGGAGAAGGUGCUGUCCGGCUUCCUGCCUCCCAUCACCCAGCCCGAGAAGUUCUUCCUGUCCCAGCUGAUGUUGGCCCCGCCCAGAGACCUGUUCAAGAAGACGCCCCGGCAGGUGUCCUGCAUGGACGUGGGCAGCAUGCCGCAGGCCAUCGACAUCAGCGGCCUGCAGCUCGCCUUGGCAGAGCGUCAGUCGGAGCUGCCCACUCAGAGCAAAGCCAGCUUCCCGAGCAUCCUGAAUGAUCCGGAUCCGGACUCGUCGAACUCGGGGUUCGACAGCUCGGUGGCCAAUCAGAUCAUAGAGUCUCUGGUCACAGGGCCCCGCCCCCCUCUGGAGAGUCACUUCCGCCCCGAGUUCAUCCGGCCACCGCCACCGCUCCACGUGUGCGAGGACGAGCUGGCGUGGCUGAACCCGACCGAGCCGGAUCACAGCGUCCAGUGGGACCGGUCCAUGUGUGUGAAGAACAGCACCGGGGUGGAGAUCAAACGCAUCAUGUCCAAGGCCUUCAAGAGCCCGCUGUCGGCCCAGCAGCAGUCCCAGCUGCUGGCCGAGCUGGAGAAGGACCCGAAGCUGGUGUACCACAUCGGGCUGUCCCCGGCCAAGCUCCCGGACCUGGUGGAGAACAACCCGCUGGUGGCCAUCGAGAUGCUGCUGAAGCUGAUGCAGAGCAGCCAGAUCACAGAGUACUUCUCCGUGCUCGUCAACAUGGACAUGUCACUGCACUCCAUGGAGGUGGUCAACAGGUUGACCACGGCCGUGGACCUUCCUCCAGAGUUCAUCCACCUCUACAUCUCCAACUGCAUCUCCACCUGUGAGCAGAUCAAAGACAAAUACAUGCAGAACCGCCUGGUCCGCCUGGUGUGCGUCUUCCUCCAGUCGCUGAUCCGGAACAAGAUCAUCAACGUGCAGGACCUGUUCAUCGAGGUCCAGGCCUUCUGCAUCGAGUUCAGCCGCAUCCGCGAGGCGGCCGGCCUGUUCCGCCUCCUGAAGACGCUCGACACCGGAGAGAACCCGGCCGAGGCCAAACCCGCCAAAUAAGGAGCCUCAUGGCGCCGGCUCCAAACAGAAGAUUGUAAAUACGCAGUGACUCUUCACGCCACUCGUUAACGAUGAACUCUCAUUUCACUUUUUUACUCCGCUCUGUCGUUCUCUAAUUAAACUGUAAACGAGUCUCCA